UGCACUGGCUGUUGUAUAUCUACCGUAAUAACUACCUGAAUGAUACUUUUAAGGAGUUCGGACAACAUCAUCGAGAAUAUUGUCACGUUCCAUCAACAUUCUGUUGACGUGCGCUGAAAUUGGGGUGUUACACUCUUUUAAGUAGGGCAACGGAUACUAUUGGGAGCCCGACACUUCAAAUUGAGGUUAAUUAGUUUCAGUGACAACGUUAGCAGUUAUUCGUUUUUUUGUAUUUACUCAAGCAGUCUUUGGUAAAUUUUAAGACAUUAUUAUCAAAGACUGACCCUUGAAAUCUGUCCUAUUUGAAAUUUCAAAACUGUUGCAAAAGGUUAAUACUGACGUGAUAAGGCAAAAUUACGGAGGAAUAAUGGAGAUCAAAUUGUUGCCUAUCUUCAUUUUCAUCAGCCAGGUAUUGGUCGACAGUACAAGUGGGGCACAAUGCAUUGGACUCAGCGCUGACGUCGUUUGUGAGUGUGAUGGAUAUGGACGGUGUAUGAAAGGAACACUUGAGACUGACCCCUGGUUACAGUUCGCUCUCAAAACGCAACGAGAAAUUCAGAUUGAUAUUUCUAUCGACAGGAUGCAAAUCUUUGAUGCUCAUAAUGCAUUUAACAAUCGAGCUUACGGACUUGCCUAUGGAGCAAAUGAUACAUGUCAAUGGCCGCCACCGUAUGAUAACGUCUGUUUGGGAUUGGCCAAUCAUGAAUUCAGUAUCAUCGACAUGUUAAACAUGGGAAUCAGAGCUGUGGAAAUAGACAACUGGUAUUGCAAUGGUGAGAUGCGGGUUGCACAUUUAGGAACACGGCGUGCCAUAGGUUGCGGAGAGUUCAACGUACUCUUUUCUGACGUUAUAGCAGACAUUGGCCAAUGGAUGCACGAGCCUGAAAAUGAAAAUGAGUUUAUUCGAAUCUAUAUCAAUGAAAAUUAUGACCAGGGUUUCGAUGCUGAAGUGAAUGGUCCACUGGAGCGUUAUCUGGGUCAUGAUGAGAUCUUGAGUCCUGCUGAUCUAAGGGAUACAUACAGAGGGGUGUUGCCGACGCUGAGAAGAAUGAGAGAGGAUGGUAAGAGAGUGUUCGUGGUAAGCGGGGGUAAUACCUUACACCAAGGUAAAUACAUCCAUGUUCGGCAGUGUGACGGUUCGGGAGAGAAUGAGUUCACCAACUACCCACAGUGUGGCGGCAAAACGGAGACAUACUGCAGGAGAUUUCGCAGUGACGCCACACAUUACGUAUUCGGCGCCAUCUACGACGGACCUACAGCGACCGGUGCCAUCACUGAUAUGAGUGAGAUGGUGAAAUGUCGUAUCAAUCUUAUUGCUACAGAUAUGGUAACCCCUCAACUCAUGAAGACUGGGGUCUAUACGUGGGCCUAUGGAGAACCAUCAUUACAGCUAGAUGACGACUCGUGUGUUGUGUUAAACCACGAAGACUUUCGUUGGUAUACGUCAUCUGAUUGCGACCAAUCAUUGAGCUACGCGUGUCAAAGUUCAACGGAUCCAAAUGACUGGUUGGUCAGCGAAUCUACCGCCCCCUAUGACGUCACGCUCGAUUUGUGUCCCAUUGGCUACAAGUUCAGUCUACCUCACAAUGGAUUCAGACAACAGAAGUUGAAGGAGGCAAUGAAAGGAUCUUCUGUAUGGCUAAACUUUACACCUUGGCUGACGGGUAACUUUCCCGUGACAGAAACCCCUCUUACCAGCCCCUCGGGAAACUCAGCAUAUAACUUUAAACUCACUUGGACCUCUUCUUUAGUCGUAUUUCUUACUGCGGAUGUUAGCUUAAUGUUUUAGGGCAACGUUUUUCAACCUGGGUGCCGUAAGACAUCUCCAGGGGUACCACGAAAGCAAAGUGCCUGAAUACCUCCAUAUUUGAGCGACGAGGUGCCCGAAUAGCCUUCUAUUUGACAGCGAGGUUCCUGAAUAUAUUACAUCUUUUAUAUCAACAUUACAUUUUGAUCACGCUCGUUCACUUCACUCACUCGCAACAUUUAAAAACAGGAUAAUUCUGAGCAAUGAGAUGCCCGAAUCUCUUCAUAUUCGUGCAUCGAAUAGACAGCAUGAAAUGAUUUGUGUAUUCAUGUAUUCUGUCACGGAGAGCCCGCAUAUAUUUAAUUAUGUGCUUCAUCUAUAGUGUGCUGAUUAUAAAGUAGAAAUUGAUCAUAUCAAAUCAUUCUUCUUUUUAGCUCGCUUGCUCGCGAAAUUUAGAAACAAAAUGUGUAGAUAACACUUGACAAGUGUCAGAGUGAUGCAAAUUGAAUAUUCUGUAAAUAAAUUCGGGAUUGGGUGUCCUAUCUUUAAAUAUUUUAUUGUGUAAUUUCAUCCAAAAAAAAAA